UCAGGGCUUCGAGAAGGCGUCCAUGGCGAGGUUCUCCGUCGGCGGCGCCGGCAGGCGCUCAGCCAAGAAGCGGAAACAGGUUCCCGGAUCCGCAGAGGAGAGUCCGGGUAGCAUGAGCGGUGUCGCCAAAGAAAACCAUCCUACGAAUCAUGAGGCGACCGUGAAAUCCGAAGAGCCAGUGAAAUCCGAAAACGAGGAAGGAGGACAAGACGCGAGUGCUUCGAAUGGGAACGGAGCUCUUGUUAGAAUUGAUACAGAUGCGCUCGAUUGCCCCGUCUGUUACGAGGCUUUGCUUCAUCCCAUUUACCAGUGCAAAAAUGGUCAUGUGGUGUGCUCACGCUGCUGCGUCACUACUAGUCGCAAAUGUCCAGUCUGCUCUGAAUUAAUUGGUAUACGUUGUUUGGCACUAGAAAAGGUUAUCGAAUCAGUAAAAAUGCACUGUAUAAAUGCUAAAUACGGAUGCAAUGAAACCCUAGCAUACUCACACCGCGAAGCGCACCAGAAAACCUGCAAUUAUGCUGCAUGCAAUUGCCCUGACUCAUCUUGUUCAUUCUGGGGCUCCGCAAGAAGUCUUUCGCAGCACAUCCGCACCCACCACAAAAAGUCUGCUAUUGAAUUCAGAUAUGGAUGCCAUUUCCCUAUUGCAGUUAAUCGAUCAGAAACUCCAUUUCUUGUUCUUAUAGGAUCAGAUGAUCGUCUCUUCCUACUUCUGAACAAGAAUGACACAACCGGUGGAAAUGCUCUCUCAAUGAUUUGUAUUUGUUCAAGCGCAGAGGAUCAUAACUUUGUGUAUGAGCUUUCUGUUGGUGAUGACACAAUGAAUCUUAAACUGAAGUCGUCAGCAGAAGUUACAAAUGAAUGGAAGGGUGUUCAUCCUGCCAAAGUUUUUCUCUUUGUUCCGAAAGAUUUCUUUGCUUUCUCUCACAAGAUCAUUGUGAAUGUGUCCAUACAGAAAUGCAAGCUGCCUUCAACUUCUGCUGAUGGGAAUCAUACUUAAGUUAUUCCGAAAUGAUGAAAUGUUUCUGUUAGUCUUCUGUAGUGAUAACAGUCUAGUUGGAUCUCUAUAUUUGUUUUUUUUUUUUUAAUAGUUUUUGUUUGGAUGGGUUCAUGUAAAAAAAGUUUCUCUUUCUGAGUAAAUAAUGGGUAUUGAUUCUUUUUA